GGCUCGAAGGUGCUCAGAUGGGUUGGGAGAGGGGGUUUUUGGGGCGGGUGUAUAGGUCGGGUUUCUGGAUGGGUUAGGAUUUUGUUUCUAUUUGUUGGGUUUAACCGCCCAUAAAGACACCGACUAAUUAAACUACACUUAGGGUUUUAGUUUAUAGCUGCAUUGAAGAAGGAAACGAAAUUUGAGAGAGAUUAGUUAGGGUUUUUAGUAUUUUGCUGAUCCAAAAGGGACUCGUUUUUCGGUUCAUGGACCGCUUGCGUCCCCGCAACCGACCCCUCUUUUCUGGAUUUACAAAUUCCGAGAUUGAGAAAUUGGAGAGAUUGGUAAGGGAGGCAAGAGAAAAAUCGUUGGAUAAGGAGUUUUGCCAUAAGCUUGCUAUAGCCUUCAACCGCUCUGCUGGCCGUGCCGGGAAACCUGCAGUUAGAUGGACUGAGAUACAAAGUUGGUUUGAGGAUAGGCUCCAAGACUUACCAGAUGACCCUAAUAAUGAAUUGAUGAUUCCCAAAGACCCUGAAUGUAAUAAGGAAGGAGAAAUUGUUAGAGACUUAUCAGAAUUGGAAUUCGAAGCAAAGUCAUCCAAAGAUGGAGCGUGGUACGAUGUUGAGACGUUUCUAGCUCACAGAUUUAACAGUAAUGGGGAAGCUGAAGUGCUUGUCAGAUUUAUUGGGUUCGGGGGUGAUGAAGAUGAAUGGGUCACUAUGAAAAAUUCAGUUAGGAAACGAUCUAUUCCCUUGGAAAACACAGAAUGUUGCAACCUGAAUGUUGGAGACCAUGUGCUGUGCUUCCAGGAGAGGAAAGAUCAAGCAAUUUACUAUGAUGCUCACAUUCUAGAGAUCCAAAGGAGAAUACAUGAUAUAAGAGGAUGCAGGUGUCAGAUUUUGGUUCGGUAUGAUCAUGACAACAGUGAGGAAUCUGUUCGGUUAAGAAGACUUUGCAGAAGACCAAGAUCUUAGGUGUAUCAAAUACCAAUUCACUUUUGACAACUAAUAUCUUAUUAAGGGUCAGUUUGGAUUGGCUUCCGAAAAAAGUACUUAUUUUUUUCAUAUUUUUUAAAAAGAUAUUUUUUAAUUGAUAAAAACGAUUUUACAUUUGAAUAGGCUUUUUUAAAAAAUAUUUGAAAUAUUAAAAAUGUCUUUUGCUUUUGUUUUUUGUUUUAACUCAAAAAAGCCAAUCCAAACCAAUACUAAGUUGGUUGGAAACUGUUUACAUUCUGUCACUGUUGAGUUGAGCUUGUAGAUGUGAGUGGAAGUGAACGAGCUGGACUGUUUCUUCUUGAACUCAUCCCAAUUAAACUAAUAUAAGAACAUUCAAUAUAUGUAAAAAUAUUGUAGUCAUUUUUUGGUUUGUCUUAAA